CCCGCUCGCGUCCCUAAGGCCGGCGGGCUUCUCACUACAUGGGGGCGGGCCUCCACGGUCCGAGUACUGUUUCCUGUUCGCCGGUGGCUCGGCGGUAGGCAGAGGCCACCGUUGCCCGCGCCCGCUCCGGCGCGGUGACCGAGUACCCCAGAGGCUCCAGGGCCGCAUCGUGGGUCGUUGCGCCAAGCCUGGCCCUGCCCUGCCAUGGCCCCUGUGCAACUGGAGAACCACCAGCUGGUCCCGCCUGGAGGCGGCGGCGGUGGCAGUGGCGGCCCCGCUUCUGCCCCAGCACCACCUCCUCCAGGAGCUGCUGUGGCGGCGGCAGCUGCGGCUGCGGCUAGCCCUGGCUACCGACUGAGCACUCUGAUCGAAUUUCUGCUGCACCGGGCCUACUCGGAGCUCAUGGUGUUGACAGACUUAUUGCCAAGGAAAUCUGAUGUGGAAAGGAAAAUAGAAAUAGUACAGUUUGCUAGUCGAACACGCCAACUCUUCGUUCGAUUAUUAGCUUUAGUAAAAUGGGCUAAUGAUGCUGGCAAAGUGGAAAAAUGUGCGAUGAUCUCAAGCUUUUUAGAUCAGCAAGCCAUCUUGUUUGUGGACACGGCUGAUCGCCUGGCAUCAUUAGCUAGAGAUGCUCUGGUCCAUGCACGUCUGCCUAGUUUUGCCAUCCCAUAUGCCAUUGAUGUACUUACUACUGGUUCUUAUCCACGCCUACCAACCUGCAUUAGGGAUAAAAUUAUUCCUCCAGACCCAAUUACCAAAAUUGAGAAACAAGCCACACUUCAUCAGCUUAAUCAGAUUCUUAGACAUCGACUUGUAACUACAGAUCUUCCUCCUCAGCUAGCAAAUCUUACUGUGGCAAAUGGCCGUGUGAAAUUUCGAGUUGAAGGAGAAUUUGAAGCUACCUUGACAGUGAUGGGAGAUGAUCCAGAUGUACCAUGGCGUCUUCUCAAGCUAGAAAUUCUAGUUGAAGAUAAGGAAACAGGAGAUGGGCGAGCUCUGGUUCAUAGUAUGCAAAUCAACUUUAUCCAUCAGCUAGUGCAGUCUCGGCUCUUUGCUGAUGAGAAACCUCUUCAGGACAUGUACAAUUGCCUACAUUCUUUCUGCUUGUCACUUCAAUUAGAAGUGUUACAUUCUCAGAGUCUAAUGUUAAUCCGAGAACGAUGGGGAGACCUUGUACAGGUAGAAAGGUAUCAUGCUGGAAAAUGCCUUUCCCUCUCAGUUUGGAAUCAACAGGUUCUUGGGAAAAAAAUAGGAAUAGCAUCCGUUCACAAAGUUAUAAUUAAAAUUGAUGAGAAUGAUGUCUCCAAGCCUUUACAGAUUUUUCAUGAUCCUCCUUUGCCAGCUUCGGAUUCCAAAUUAGUAGAAAGAGCCAUGAAGAUUGACCACUUAUCAAUAGAAAAACUUCUGAUUGACAGUGUCCAUGCAAGAGCUCACCAGAAACUCCAAGAACUGAAGACUAUUCUUAGAGGCUUCAAUGGGAAUGAAAACUGUAGGAAUUUUUGGUGUAUAGAAAUGUUUCAAAAAUCAGCACCCCUACUUCAAAUCUCUUCCAUAGAGACUGCACUUCCAGCUAUUGUUGUUCCCAUCCUGGAGCCCUGUAGUAAUUCGGAGUGCCUACACAUUUUUGUAGAUUUGCAUUCUGGAAUGUUCCAAUUUAUGCUUUAUGGACUUGACCAGGCCACACUGGAUGAUAUGGAGAAAUCUGUAAAUGAUGACAUCAAACGGAUUAUUCCCUGGAUCCAGCAACUGAAGUUUUGGCUUGGAAAACAACGUUGUAAACAAUCUAUAAAACAUUUACCCACAAUAAGCACUGAAACAUUGCAGCUUUCCAAUUACUCAACUCAUCCUAUUGGAAAACUUUCUAAGAAUAAGCUGUUUAUUAAACUUACCCGUCUUCCACAAUAUUACAUCGUGGUGGAGCUACUAGAGGUUCCAAAUGAACCUACACAGCUGUCAUACAAGUACUACUUCAUGUCUGUGAAUACUGCAGAUCGUGAAGAUGGUCCUGUUAUGGCACUGCUCCUGCAGCAGUUCAAGGAAAAUGUCCAGGACUUGGUUUUGCGUACAAAACCUGGGAAACCAACCAAAACUGGUACCAAGCGCAAGUUGUCUGAUGAUUCAUGCCCAGUGGAAUCCAAGAAGACCAAACGAUCAGGAGAAAUGUGUGCCUUCAAUAAAGUUCUAGCUCACUUUGUCGCUAUGUGUGACACAAACAUGCCAUUUGUAGGACUUCGGUUAGAGUUAUCCAAUCUGGAGAUUCCACAUCAAGGGGUGCAAGUAGAAGGUGAUGGCUUCAGCCAUGCAAUUCGCUUAUUAAAAAUCCCUCCCUGUAAGGGUGUAAAUGAAGAAACCCAAAAGGCUCUGGACCGCUGUCUUCUCGAUUGCACUUUCCGAUUACAGGGUCGAAAUAACCGCACAUGGGUGGCAGAGUUAGUGUUUGCAAAUUGUCCACUUAAUGGCACUUCUACCAGGGAACAAGGACCAUCCCGGCAUGUUUACCUGACAUAUGAAAAUCUGUUGUCUGAACCUGUUGGUGGUAGAAAAGUGGUUGAAAUGUUCCUUAAUGACUGGAAUAGCAUUGCACGAUUAUAUGAGUGCGUGUUGGAAUUUGCACGUUCUUUACCAGACAUACCUGCUCACCUAAAUAUUUUCUCAGAAGUUCGUGUUUAUAAUUACCGAAAACUUAUUCUAUGUUAUGGAACCACCAAGGGAAGCUCGAUUAGUAUCCAGUGGAAUUCUAUCCAUCAGAAAUUUCACAUUUCUUUGGGAACAGUUGGUCCUAACUCAGGUUGCAGUAACUGUCACAAUACCAUUCUCCAUCAACUUCAAGAAAUGUUCAACAAGACACCAAAUGUGGUUCAGUUAUUACAGGUACUGUUUGAUACUCAGGCGCCAUUAAAUGCCAUCAACAAACUCCCCACUGUGCCGAUGUUGGGCUUAACCCAGAGAACCAACACCGCUUACCAGUGCUUCUCUAUUCUGCCACAAUCAUCCACGCACAUCAGGCUGGCCUUCAGGAACAUGUACUGCAUUGACAUAUACUGCCGGAGUCGAGGCGUUGUGGCUAUACGGGAUGGUGCCUAUAGUCUUUUUGAUAACAGCAAGUUAGUGGAAGGUUUUUAUCCUGCACCAGGAUUGAAGACAUUCCUGAAUAUGUUUGUUGACAGCAAUCAGGAUGCUCGAAGAAGGUCUGUGAAUGAGGAUGAUAAUCCUCCUUCUCCUAUAGGAGGAGAUAUGAUGGACUCCUUAAUAUCACAACUCCAGCCACCACCCCAGCAACAGCCAUUUCCAAAGCAACCAGGAACAUCAGGCGCUUAUCCUCUUACUUCCCCUCCUACGUCUUAUCAUAGCACAGUCAAUCAGUCUCCCUCUAUGAUGCACACACAGUCUCCAGGAAAUCUGCAUGCUGCCAGCUCCCCCAGUGGGGCUUUGAGAGCCCCAUCACCAGCGUCAUUUGUUCCAACUCCUCCCCCAUCCUCGCAUGGAAUCUCAAUAGGACCAGGGGCCAGUUUUGCUAGUCCACAUGGAACUCUUGACCCUAGUUCCCCAUAUACUAUGGUGUCACCAAGUAGUCGAGCAGGGAACUGGCCAGGAUCUCCUCAAGUGUCUGGCCCCUCACCAGCUACCCGUUUACCUGGAAUGUCACCAGCCAACCCAUCACUACAUUCUCCAGUUACAGAUGCUUCUCACUCUCCUCGAGCUGGAACAAGUUCCCAAACAAUGCCAACAAACAUGCCUCCACCUCGUAAACUACCUCAGCGCUCUUGGGCAGCAUCCAUACCUACCAUCCUCACUCACAGUGCCUUGAACAUUUUACUACUGCCCUCUCCAACACCAGGCCUCGUUCCUGGCCUGGCAGGUAGUUACCUUUGUUCUCCACUUGAGAGGUUUCUUGGAUCCGUCAUCAUGAGAAGACACCUUCAAAGAAUUAUUCAACAGGAAACGCUGCAGUUGAUAAAUUCCAAUGAACCUGGAGUAAUUAUGUUUAAGACUGAUGCGCUGAAAUGCAGAGUAGCCCUUAGUCCCAAAACCAACCAGACCCUUCAGCUAAAAGUGACACCUGAAAAUGCAGGACAGUGGAAACCUGAUGAACUUCAAGUUUUAGAGAAAUUCUUCGAAACAAGAGUUGCCGGACCACCAUUUAAAGCCAAUACAUUAAUAGCCUUCACCAAGCUAUUAGGAGCACCUACACACAUCCUCAGAGACUGUGUACAUAUUAUGAAGCUAGAACUGUUUCCUGACCAGGCAACACAGCUAAAAUGGAAUGUUCAGUUUUGCCUGACGAUCCCUCCCAGCGCACCGCCAAUUGCACCUCCUGGGACACCUGCUGUAGUGCUGAAAUCCAAAAUGCUGUUCUUUCUUCAACUAACUCAGAAAACAUCAGUCCCUCCCCAAGAACCUGUUAGUAUUAUAGUUCCAAUCAUUUAUGACAUGGCUUCAGGUACAACCCAGCAGGCAGACAUUCCCAGACAGCAGAACUCUUCUGUUGCUGCUCCCAUGAUGGUCAGCAACAUUCUAAAGAGGUUUGCAGAGAUGAACCCACCACGACAAGGUGAAUGCACAAUAUUUGCAGCUGUUCGUGAUUUAAUGGCUAAUCUUACACUGCCCCCUGGUGGGCGUCCGUAGACACUAUUGUUUUU